UCCCCUUCCCAGUUCCAUUUCCAUUCCAAUUGCCAUUGCCAUUGCCAUUGCCAUUGCCAAGUCGAUUUCCCAGCCGUUCGGCAUUAUUAAAGUUUUCCAAUUGACAAUUUUCGAGUAUGACUGUCUCUUACACCGCUGAGGUGGCAACGUGCAGCCAUUUUGGCUGCUUCUGGAAGCUUUUGAUGAGAUGGCGCGCGAGUAUCUACAAGAUAAUAUGGGUGGAUCUCCUGGCAUUCCUGUGCUGCUUCUACUUCAUGGCUGUGAUAUAUCGCUUUGCUCUCAGGGACGUCGAUAAGCCCAUUUUCGAGGACAUUGUGAUGUACUGUCACAGCUAUAGCAACCUGAUUCCGCUCUCCUUCGUGCUGGGCUUCUAUGUGGGCAUUAUCAUAGAACGCUGGUGGAACCAGUACAUCACGGUUCCGUGGCCCGAUCCUCUGGCGGUUUAUGUGAGUGCCCUGGUCCGCGGACAAGAUGAGCACGGUCGUCUGAUGAGACGCACGAUUAUGAGAUAUGUGUGCUUGGCUUUGACCAUGGUGCUUUCCAUGAUAUCGCCAGUUAUCAAGCGUCGUUUUCCAACCUACGAUCAGUUGAUUGAAGUGGGUCUGCUAAACGCCAAUGAGGCAAAUAUUAUGAAGGCAAUGGAUGUCAAGUUUCCAAAGCACCCCAAGUACUGGAUGCCCAUCGUUUGGGCGGCCAGUAUUGUAACAAGGGCUCGGAAGGAAGGUAGAAUAUGGGAUGACUUCUCACUGAAGUCCAUGAUUGAUGAGCUCAAUAAAUUCCGCGCUGGAUGCAAUAUGCUCAUCCACUACGACACAAUCUCAGUGCCACUGGUCUACACACAGGUCGUAACCCUGGCCGUCUACUCGUACUUCGUGGCCGCCAUAUUUGGCCACCAGUGGAUUGAUCGGGAUAUCAAGCACUACAAUAAUAUAGUCAGUUACUACUUUCCGCUUUUCAGCACCCUGGAGUUUUUCUUCUUCAUGGGCUGGCUGAAGGUGGCCGAGACCCUGAUUUGUCCUUUUGGCGACGACGACGAUGACUUCGAACUGAACUGGCUGAUCGAUCGGAACCUGCAAGUCAGUUACUUGAUAGUUGAUGAGAUGCACAAUGAUCAUCCGCAGUUGGUGAGGGAUCAGUACUGGGACGAGGUCUUUCCCGCCGAGUUGCCCUAUGCGGUGGAGUCCGAAAGGGCCGAGCAUCCGGAAGCCUCCACCGCCCGAUUGGGCAUCCCGAAAGUCAACCCCGUGGCAUUGACGAAGAGCGAAGUGAGUUUGGAAAACGACUUCACCGACUUCGACGAUGAGGAUGAAUACAAUCCGGAAGUAACUAUCCGGUUCGCACGCCGUGAGUUCACAUGGAGCAAAAGUUCGGUAUCGGUAUCGGAUUCCUUGAACCAGAGUAGGGAUACCCUCGACUCGAAGAUUGGAGAAGAGAUGGAGGACGAGGUAGAUGCAAGGACUCUAAACUCCAGCAGCAAGGACGACUUUGAGCGGCUCAAGGAGAAGCGGGAAAGGGAGCGAGUCAACCGGCAGAUUCAACAAGCCGCCCUCGCCAUGGAGCUGAUUAAAGGGGAACUUGGCUCGAAUGGAGACUCGGCCGGAUCUAGUCGGACUAAUGUGCCGCAGAGGAACUCCGAGGUGCAGACCGACAGAAGCUACAUCAGUCAAAGACACCCGGACAAGGACAAGGACAGUAAAAAGAGCAGUGAUGACUCUGAGAAAUAA